AUGGAUUGUGUGUUAUUAUGGGAAAGCGAUGAGGAAGACGUUAUUUUGGAAAGAAUUGAAAGAAAAUAUAUAAGAGCUAAUUCAAAUAUUAUGGAUAUUAAUGAAAAUGCAUUCGUGAAAAAUUUCCGACUUAAUAAAGUGUCAUUUAUGUACGUUUUCAAUUCGAUUAAAGAUGAUUUAAAAGCUGCACAAAGAUCUACAUCUAUUCCUUCAAUGUUGAAAUUGGCAGCCACAUUAAAGUUUUUGGCACAAGGUGGUUAUCAGCACCAGAUAGGCCAAGAUCGUUUCUUAGGUAUUUCGCAAUCAUCCAUUUCAGCUUGUAUAGGUGAAGUUUGCGAAGCUAUCCAAACAAAUCUUUGUACCAAGCAUAUUGUUUUCGAAAUGUGUGAAGAGAAAAAGAUGGAAGCCAAAAGAUUUUUUAAUACUAAAUGUUCCAUACCAGGUGUAAUUGGAGCCGUUGAUGGAACUCAUAUUCAAAUUAUAAGGCCAAAUAAUAAUGAACAUUUGUAUUUCAACAGGAAACUGAAACAUAAUGCUAUGGCCGUAAGUGUGGACAUGCAUAUACAUAGAUACAAAUAA